AUGAAAAGAUCUCCAGGACCUCUACUGAAGGUUGAUCCUGCACUCAUUGUCCACAAACGCUUGCCGUGGCAGGUCCGGAAGAACCAACUGCGGCAAAGGUUUUGGGAUGAGGAGGUCAAAAAAUCUUCAUCGAAAACGCCUUCAAUAGUGGUUGAGGUGAGCCAAACAGCGCGACGCAAGCGACGAGAUCCACAGCUUUGGAACAAUUUACUGGAUCAGGCAUUGGCUGCGCAUGCAGAACUGGCUCCUCAGGACAUGGCAUCGAUUCUUUGGUCAAUGGCUGACGCUCGAUUUCACCACAAAGCUUUGGUUGAAGAGUUUAUCCGGUCAUUGUCUUUCAGAGCCGGAGUAAAGUCACUGGUGACAGCCAUGCUAGCGCUAGACCGAUUGGGUUUGCCAGCUGAUUCUCUUCGUGCACCUUUCCUCCAGCAUUUGAGCGGACAAUGCAAUGACUUGAGCUUUGGCGACCUGCGUAGGGUUUUGAUGGCAUUGGCAAGGUGUACUUCUUCUGUUCAAAGUGAGCAGCUUCGAGAGAUUUGUGAUGCCAUACACGAAAAAGCCGAAGAAUGCGACCCUCGUGAUCUGGUCGCAGUUCCUCAGCAUUUGGGUCGGCUGCGCUUUCUACAUCCGCAGUUGAUGGCACGAUCCAUCGAUGCGAUUUCUCGCUUGAUCUCUUCACGCCUUUCAGUUGCACCACUGGAUGUCCUUCGGGCCUUAGAUGGCUUGCUGAUGUUGGCUUCGCUCGUCGAAGGAGAGAUACAUGAUCAACUAAAGCACUUGGCCACCAAAUGCAAAUUAUUGAGCAGUCGCAUGCUGCAGGAAGGGUCAACACCAGAUUUAUGGAGCAUUGGUUCUCAACUUCUCGGUUCGGAAAUUGUGAAUGCAGAGGUGUGGACACUGUGGCUGGCGGAGGCAUCCGACAGGCGUUUGCAGCAGCAUCCGGCAGAGAGCCGAUCGCAACGGAUCAGCAGAAUCCGACGUCAAAUGAUGAAACAGUGGAACUUCUCGCAGUCGCUUCCUGAGGAACUGGAAAUUGUGGUAUGCGGUAGUUGUCAUGGACUCGAGUCUAUGGCAGAAAGCUCCACGAAGCCAUGUAUUGUGCUCCCCGGCCUCUACGGCUUGCUGGUGCAGCUUUUGCUGUUUGCCUGCUGCAUCGGCACAUUGAUCGCCAAAAAGGUUGUGGAAGGAGGCGAAAGAACAUGGUUUCAAUUUGGCCUGGACUCCUCCAAGCAGUUGAUUGGUGCAGGAUGGAUCCAUAUCCUGAAUCUUCUGUGUGCAGAGCUUCUGGGAAGCCAAAUGGGCCAAGGCGAUGAAUGCGAAUGGUACUGGCUUAACAUCAUACUGGAUACCACCCUCGGGGUCCUCAUUGAGUACUUGCUGCUCCGAGUGCUUACGGAUGCCCUUAACACGGUCUUGGAAGAGGGUGCUCAGGAUUUCAGAACUGGCAGCUACUGGCGUGGAGGAGAGUUCCAGGUGAUAAUGUAUGCCAAACAGCUUGGCUUAUGGCUCGUGAUCGUGACCUUCAUGAAGCUCUUUAUGGUUAUUCUGAUGAUUUUGCUUGCGAAACCUUUGACAAUUGCGGCGGGAGUGUGUCUCAAGCCUUUCAUGGACCCACUGUUGAAAUUGCUUGUGGUGAUGAUAGCAACACCGAUCAUCAUGAACGCCUUCCAGCUCUGGGUGACCGACAACUUUAUCAAGAAACGAGAAUAUGCAGAUCAAGGCGACAACUUCUCAAGAGGAUCUGUCACGUCGCUUCUAGUCGGCGACGGCCGAUGCCCCAGAGAUGGGGCUGGUGCUGGCCCUGGCGUGCUUUUGCAGUCCUAUCGGGCUGCAACCGUAGGUACAAGAGCUUCUCAGUCGAGUCAGUCGAGCCCGUCAAGACCUCAAGUCAAGGCCUGUCAAUCCAAUAUUAAAAUAUUCCAAAUAGUAGUGCAAUUUGGAAUGAUGUGCAUGUCGUGCGUGUAUGUGUUUGUGUGUGUGUGUGGCUGUCUCUGUGUGUGUGUGUGUGUUCAUUUGUGCUAGUUUGAGAGAGCGGGUGCCAUUGGUUCAUCACGAUUGGUUCACGUAACUUUUUUCUAGGAUUGCUGUGCGCCGGGGACGCCAAGGCUUGAUGCCGUUUCUGGCAGCAAUUCCGAGAUGGCAGCGGCUCCUGCUGAGAUUCAAGGUUCGAAAUAAAAAUAUUAAGAGAUUAUAAAAUAUUAGAAGCAGAUAGAUAUUUCAUGUAUAUUUAAAAA